ACCCAAGGAAAGUAGUAAAGGAUGGUUAGAAGUUGGAAGAAAGCGAGCUGUAAUUGUUAGAGACCGGAACUAGUGGUUACAUCUUGAAACAGCGUAUUUUCUGAAUAGACAAAUAUUAGUACAGACUUGCAUGACUACUCCUCCUUGGGAUUUAAGUAGAUUCGCUAGCCACUUUUAGUAGAAAAUAAAGUAAACGCAGCACUGCGACAGCUAGUGACAAGAUUUUAUUCCCUUUUUUAUUUGAACCACGUAACGCGUUUUAAAUGCAACGCUGUUUGAUAUAUGAGAAAACUAUGGCAGCCGAGACGAGGAACGGCGGGAGUUCACUGAACAACAAUAACUGCAAAGACCACAGCAGGAGGAAGCUGCUGGUCGGAGUGGACCUCUUCUGUUUGUUCCUAGCCGGCCUGCCUUUCUUGGUCAUUGAGACCAGCGCUGUUCAGCCUUACCGUAGAGGGUUUUACUGCGAUGAUGAGUCCAUCAAGUACCCGGCCAAAAAGGGAGACACCAUUAGUGACGGUGUGCUUAGCGCUGCUGGCAUUCUUAUCACCAUCCUCUCUAUCAUCAUUGGGGAGAGCUACAGGAUCUACUUUCUGAAUGAGGGAUCCAAGUCUUUUGUGGGGAACCCCUACAUUUCUGCUCUCUACAAGCAGGUGGGCGUGUUCAUCUUCGGCUGUGCCAUCAGCCAGUCCUUCACUGACAUCGCCAAAGUUUCAGUGGGCCGCAUGCGCCCUCACUUCCUCGAUGUGUGCAAACCUGACUUCUCCACUAUCAACUGCUCCCUGGGCUACAUCACUGACUACCAGUGUCAAGGGCCAGAGAGCAAAGUUCAGGAGGCCAGGAAGUCUUUCUUCUCAGGACAUGCAUCAUUCUCCAUGUACACCAUGCUUUACCUGGUGUUUUACCUGCAGUCUCGCUUCACUUGGCAUGGAGCUCGCCUGCUGCGCCCUCUGACCCAGUUCACCCUCAUCAUGAUGUCUUUCUACACCGGCCUGUCCCGUGUCUCUGAUCACAAGCACCACCCCACUGAUGUGCUGGCGGGUUUUGUGCAGGGAGCCCUGGUGGCCUACUGCAUAGUAUUCUUUGUGUCUGAUUUGUUCAAGCCCAAAGGUAGACGCUCUACCCUGUCACCAACCCCAGUGAAGAAAGAUCUUGUUCCUCCAGCAGACAUCAGAGAGCGGAGCAACCAUCUCAUCAUGGCAUAGAGAAGACUGCAAACUGAAUGUACAUAACCCUGACCUGUGCCAUCUGAAUCACUACUACAGCCACUGGCCAAUACUGGAUGAAAUAAACUCCAACAAUCGGGAUAAUGCAGACAAAUAUGGAAUCUUGAACAUCUCAGAGAAUGAGAAGAGGCAGUGGAAAACAGUCAAGCAAGUUUUGCUUUCUCAAUGGAAAGUCAUGUUUUUCCUCAGUCUCACCAGACAUUUUAAUGUGGAAAAGAGAGAGGACCAGGGUUAUUUGUUCCUCUUCUGUUAUGAAGAUUAUUGGAGAUCCGCCUCUGGCAAGGCCUUUACAUGGACAAAAGUCUGAAAUCAAACAAAACCGAGAAAUUGCAGUUGUAAACAAAGCUGUGUGUGGCUUCUGUGCCUUUCUCCCCUAAGCUGCAUCCAGCAACGGGAGCUGUGCUAAUAUUCCUGCCACUCACUCACUGUGUGACUAGUACAAACGACAAAAAAACAAAUUCCUUGAUUCCAUAAAGGAUGUUGUUUUUGUUUGGUUUUAUUACAAACAAGCAUUUUAUGUGUGAUUUAUAGCACUAUUUUAGCUAAACACAGUACUGUUUGUCACCACUUGAAUGACCUGAAGUGAAGCUUUUGGAAAGCUUUGUAAGACUUUGUAAACUUUUAUUAUGUCCAUAAUGUAGUGUUUCUUAUAAUGUGCACAUAAGUUACAGUAGGUGGAAAGUACAGUGAAGAGCGUAUGUGUUGGAUGUGGGCCUCUUUCUGCUGGGUAGGACGAGCCCCCACUGAGCCAUUUAAUGAAAUGACAGUCUGUUAUAUGUACCAGACGGGUGCUCACAUGUGUUAGGUGAGAGCGUGUGUGUGUGUGAGAGUGUGUGUCCCGUGCGUAUGAUGUGUGUUUAUGUCUGUGUGUGUUGGGGUGAGGCCUUUCUGUGAGCGUGCUAGUGUGUCUUAAUGUCAUGUCUAUAUAUUUCAGUGUUUAUAGCCUACAAGUGUGCCUUUCUCCAGCCAGAGAACAGGCACCUGCUCCAACAGACACAUGUAACUCGAGAUAGGAUCACUGUGGAAAAAAAGCAUCACAUACAGUACGUGUACUUUACUGUUAUUAAUCAUAGUGAUGAUUCACAUCACUGAGAAAUCCUGUGAUAUACUGUUUGCUACACAGUGACUUCCUAGAGCAGUUCUGAUAGAGGCUUUUCACCAAAAGCACAAUUAAGCAAAUAAAAAAGUAAACAAUUCAUUAUUUGGGCACAUUGUACCUACUUUAUAUCUCAUAAAGUCUUGUAAAGUAAUACAAUAGGCCUGGUAAUGACGCUCUGCAUUAUGAUAGGUGAAAAUCAUUAUAUUGUGAUCCAGUUUUAAAGUAAUAAUGAUGCUAAUAUGUUUGCAGUCAUGUAAUCAACUUUUUAGAAGAAAAAAAAUACUUAAAACCACUGACAGCAUCAUCCUCACUCAGUGAUUCAGACAAACUUUGAUCUGACGUUUGUAGGGAAACUAGUUUUUUCUUAAUACAUGUCUUAAAAAUCUACUAUAUUCAGCAUCGGAACAUUCUGCAUGCUACCAUAAAUUGUACAGUACUGUAUCAUGUGUGUAAAUACAGUAUAUCUUUUGAAGAAACACCCACUAUGACUUUGUGUUGAGACCUGUGUAAAUGUAAAACAUGCUGCUUUCAAGAGGCAAAGCGUGGCAGAUGUCUUGCAGGAACGUUGACAACUUGUGAAUAUUAAGUUUUAUAAAAAAAAAACAAAGCUCUCAAGACAGACAGCUUCAGAACAUUUUUAUAAAAAAAAACGCCUUUCAGUAUUUUUGUAAUGUCGUGAAAUGUUGUACAAUGAAACCAAGACGUAUCAAAGAUAAAAUGUCUUUAAUAAAACACAAAAGAUCAAGA